AUGGAAAGCUCAGCAGAUCCCGAAUUAAAUCUUCAACUACACCGCGAGUUGGCACGUAAACACUGGCAACACUUUGGGCAAUCGGGUGAACUGGAAGAACUUGACAAGGCUAUUCUUCAUAGUCGCAUUGCACUUAGACUCUGUCCUGAAGAACAUCCAGACUGCAGCAAGAUAUUAAGCAAUUUAGGAAGUUUUCUUCUCAUGCAAUUUGAGCGAUCUGGGAGAAUAGAAGAUUUGGAGGAGGCUAUUGCACAUCAUCGCGCUGCGCUGAAAUUUUGUCCCGACAGCCAUUCUGACCGUUGCUCGUUUCUGGCUAACCUUGCGGUUUCCUUGGCAACUCGGUUUGAACAACAUGGACGAUCCGCAGACCUUGACGAGGCUAUCGAACAUCAUCGAGCUGCCUUGGAACGUUUCCCAGCCGCUCAUCUCAAUCGUCCCUUGUCUCUGAGUAAACUUGCACGUUCCCUUCAAGCCCGAUUCGAGCGGCUUGGAAAUACUGCAGACCUCGAUGAAGCUAUCGAGUGUCAUAGUACCACCCUGAAACUCUGCCCCAAUGGCUACCCCAAUCGUUCUUCUAUCCUGAACGACCUUGCUCGGUCUCUUCAGACUCGAUACGAUGAACAUGGACGGGCUGCAGAUCUCGAUGAGGCUGCCAAGCAUUAUCGCACCUCCCUGGAACUCUGCCAGGAUAACCAUCGCGAUCUUCCCAUGACUCUGAAUAACCUCGCAACCUCCCUGUCGAGUCAAUUUGAACAACAUCGAGAGAUUGCAAACCUCAAUGAGGCCAUUAAGCAUCAUCGUACUGCCUUGGAGCUUUGUCCCGUUAACAACUCCAAUCGUCCCAUGUUUCUGAGUAACCUCGCAAAUUCCCUUCGAAUUCGAUUCGAACGGCAUGGACAGACUGCGGACAUAGAGGAGGCCAUCGAAAUGCAUCGUGCUGCCCUGGACCUUCGACCCGAAGGUCAUCCCAAUCGAUUUUCAUCUCUGAAUAACCUCGCGAUUUCCAUGGCGACUCGAUUUGAACAGCAUGGUCGGACUGCAGACCUCGAUAAGGCUAUCGAGCACCAUCGUGCUGCCCUGGAACUUUGCCAGGAUAACAACCCUGAUCGUUGCAUGACUCUGAAUAAUCUUGCAAAUUCCCUGGAAAAUCGUUUUGAACAGCAUGGACAGAUUUCAGACCUCGAUGAAGCCAUUGAGUAUCAUCGGGCAGCCAUAGAACUCUGUCCCGACAAGCACUCCAACCGUCCCAUGCUUCUAAGUAUCCUUGCAAAUUCCCUACGAACUCGAUUUGUACGACAUGGACAGACUGCGGACCUUAAUGAAGCCAUUGAGCACCACCGCGCUGCCCUGCAACUUCGCCCCGAAGGCCAUCCCAAUCGUUUUACAUCCCUGAAUAACCUUGCGAGUUCCCUUCGACUUGGAUUUGCACACCGUGGACAGAUAGCAGACCUCGACGAGGCCAUUGAGUAUCAUCGCGCUGCGCUGGAGCUGUGCUCCAACGGCCACUCGAAUCGCGCCAUUUCUCUGAAUAACCUUGCUGGCUCCCUUCAAACUCGAUUCGAUUAUCACGGACAUACUGCAGAUCUUAAUGAGGCCAUCGAGUAUCAUCGGGCAGCAGUGGAACUUUGUCCCGACAACCACGCCGAUCGUCCCAUGCUUCUAAACAACCUUGCCCUUUCCCUUCGAGCUCGAUUUGGACAGCAUGGACGGACCGUGGAUCUCGAUGAAGCCAUUGAUCUUCAUCAUGCUGCGCUGGGCCUUUGCCUUGAUGGCCAUCACAACCGUUCCACGUUUCUGAAUAACCUUGGAAUUUCCCUUCUAGAUCGAUUCAGUCAGCAUGGUCGACCCAUUGACCUCGAUGAAGCCAUCAAACAUCAACGCGCUGCCCUAGAACUUCGCCCUCGCCCCCACUACAACUGUUCUACAACUCUAAAUAACCUCGCGAUUUCCCUGGCAAUUCCUUCCCUUCGAAGACGGUUUGAACAGUAUGGACAGACCAAGGACCUUGAUAUGGCUAUCGAACAUCAUCGUACUGCCCUGGAACUCUGCUCUGCCGGCCGUCCUGACCAUUCUGCGUCUCUGAGGAACUUCGCAUUUUCAUUACUGUGUAGAUUCGAGAAAUUUGGGUCCAUCGAUGAUUUUCAAGAGUGUAUAAAGUCGCUUGAACGUGCUGCAGAGCAUAAGUUUUCUAGCUAUGUGAUGCGUCUCAAUAUUGCUGGUAUAUGGGCUGCCCUUGCUCGAAGUCAUGCUCACCCCACUGCUUCCAGAGCUUACAAUGUGGCAAUGCUGCUCCUACAACGUGCCCUCGUUGUUGAUCCUACUCUUCAUACACAGUACGACUUCCUCGAAGGAAAAGAUACCUACAAAACGCUUACAUUCGACGCAGCCUCCCAUGCUAUCGAGGGAGAUAGGCUCGAACAAGCUGUAGAGAUACUUGAGCAAGGAAGGGGUUUAUUGUGGUCGCAGAUGCGCAGCUUUAGGACACCUCUCGAUCAACUUGCAGAAAUAAACAGAGAGCUCGCUGACAGGUUUAGGAACGUUAGUCGCCAGCUGGAGAAUCUUGCGACAUCUUCUACUGUGUUGCACUCUAAUUCAAUUGCGACUGAAAGCGGGCCCAGUGCAUUAGACAUAGACGGGGAACGGAGAUUGUUCGAGGAGAAGCUGAAGUCGAAGAGACAACUCUCUAGCGAGCAGGAAGGGAUUAUUAACGAGAUACGUCAAAUUCCUGGGUUUGAGAACUUUCUUACGGCUACGCCGUUUAAAGUGCUCCAGCAGGCAGCGUCAGAGGGUCCGGUGGUUGUAGUCAACCAUUGUAAAUAUCGAUCCGAUGCGCUUAUUAUGCUCUCCCGCGAAGAACGACCAGUCGUCUGCGUUCCAUUAGAUGGAGAGUUUUACCAGGAUAGUAUUCAUCUGUGCCGGGAGCUCAUAGAAACGCGCACAGGUCACGGAGCUAACUCUCCGAGAUAUGAUGAGAUACUUCGCCGAGCAAUGAAGACUUUAUGGGAUAGGGUCGUCUCCAAAGUCGUCGAGAAACUAAGAGAGCUCGGUAUUGCCGAAGGAUCACGCAUCUGGUGGUGCCCUACGUCUGUUCUAUCUGCGCUUCCCUUCCACGCUGCAGGUCCAUUCGAGGACGUAGACGGUACUUCCGUGUAUCUAUUGGACAAGUACAUCUCAUCGUAUACUCCGACGCUUGGGGCGCUCAUUAACGCCCAGACGUGUGGAAAUGGGGACGAACCAGCUGCUCUUGUUAUCGGGGAUACUUCACUUCCAUCGGCUCGGGAAGAAAUUCGCAAAAUCAAGAAUAGUGGCAUACAGCCUAAAUUACUAAGUAGCACAGCAUCUCACAAUGCAGUUAUCAAAGCGCUUCAGAAAUCGACAUGGGUCCACUUUGUUUGCCAUGGAAACUUGAAUCCAAAGCCUUUCAAAUCGUCAUUCAAGUUGUCCGAUCGUGGGCUAACUCUACUCGAUAUCGUCCAAGCGAAUCUUCCAAACGCGCAGUUCGCAUUCCUUUCUGCUUGCCACACUGCCGAACAGCCUCACAAUAUUGCACACGAUGAGGUGCUUCAUCUGGCUGCCGCGAUGCAGUUUUCUGGGUUUCGAAGCGUAAUUGGAUCAAUGUGGGAGCUACUUGAUGAAGACGGUCCCUUUCUUGCGAGGACUGUCUAUGAAUACAUGUGUAACUGUGAUGAGGGUGAGACGAAAUAUAAGCGUGCGGCUGCAGGCCUUCGUGAAGCGGCUGUCGCUUUGAAGGCACGAGAUGAUAUCGGGACAGAGAGAUGGGUCAACCUAAUUCACAUAGGUGCUUGA